ACGCGUCCCACAGUUUGCGAACCACUGGCCUAUGAAAAGGUGGCUCGACAGAUAAAUGUAGUAAUAGUGGACGGUUGGUCUGGGUAGUGUGACUAGAAUCUUAUCAUUUUUUUCCAUUGGGCGGCAGUACGUCUAUCUUUAAACUUGAGAACUGCUUUGCCUACCGGUCCACAUAGUGACUGCGGUCUAGCGAGGGCAGGGGAAUGAAUCUGGUGUCUGGAAAUGCCCCACUAAAUGCAAAUUAACUGCAAGGCAAAUAGUAUUCAGACAUGUAUUUAUAGUUUCAUAUUUGGACUGUAUGCACAUCUGUUUUCUCCAUCCACGGAAUUUUUCCCCCGGUGCGUCUGUUGGUGCACGAAGACUCUGCGCGGGCUCUUGGACUUGAAGGACGGAUCCAUCAAACUCGGAUUGUGAGUGUUCGCAUAGCGGUACGCUGAAGGAAAACCUAAUCGGAUGUGGUAUUACAGAAUACUUGUGAAAUAUAGCCUACAUUAUAGAUAGCUCUCUGCCGUUCUGCAGCCUGGGAGGACCGCACGUUUGGGGGUGGGAAAUUGUGUGUUUCGCAGCGGAGAGGUUUGUGGGACUAUGUAUAACCAAGGAUCGGCAGUCUGGAAUGUUUGAUUUUCUCCUUCAUUAUGUCAACCUUUUUCUCCUAUCAUAUUAGAUUUCCCCACCGCCGCGGGUCUUAAUGUUAUUUUCAAAUUGACCAUCUGCACCUUUUUUAUUCGGCACUGAAAAAAGCAGAUGAUAUGCAUAUGUUCUUUGGAUUAGACCCCGCUGUGGACAAUUUGGCUUAUUAGGCAUAUUGUUCAACGACAUUUGUAUAAGGAGACGAGGCGUGUUAUUAGCAUUACCCUACACCGGCAUUGUGAUGGUGAGCUUUUAUGAUCGGAACUGACAGCGGAAUAGGAUCAUUUUGGAAACUGCUUGUGGGACACUUGGCCAGGUGAAAAAUGAAAGCUCCCAUCACACUCCAGAUUCUUCUCUAUGCUGCAGUGGUUCGAGGUUUCAAAACAGUGUCCAAGAGAGGCUCAGUGGACGACUGCACGGAUUGGUCAGUGGACUACUUGAAAUACAAAGUGCUUUUGGGGGAACCGGUGCGGAUUAAAUGUGCUUUAUUCUAUGGAUACAUCAGAGCGAACUACACCCACUCCCAGAGUGUGGGACUAAGCCUUAUGUGGUAUAAAAGUACAGGACACGGAGACUUUGAGGAGCCUAUCUCUUUCGACGGCAUCAGAAUGAACAAGGAGGAGGACGCUAUCUGGUUUAGACCCACCGAGCUCCAAGACGUUGGACACUAUUCCUGUGUAUUGAGGAAUUCCACAUAUUGUAUGAAAGUGUCCAUGUCACUGACAGUGGCGGAGAACGACACAGACCUCUGCUACAACUCCAAAAUGAGGUACUUCGAGAAGGCAGAGUUAAGCAAAAGUAAAGAUAUCACCUGUCCGGACAUUGAGGAUUAUGUACAGCCGGGGAAGGAGCCAGAGAUAGUAUGGUACAAGGAAUGCAAGCCAAAGCAGUGGAGACAAAGCAUUGUAAGGAGAAGAGAUACUCUCUCUAUCCGGGAGGUGCGUGAAGAUGACAUUGGAAAUUACACGUGUGAAUUACAGUUUGGCAGCUUCGUGGUGAGAAGAACUACAGAACUAUCUGUUACAGCCCCUCUGACAGACAAGCCUCCAAAGAUCCUGUUCCCCUCAGAAAGCAAACUCAGCAUCCUGGAGCUGCAGUUAGGAAGUCAAGUCAACCUGACGUGCCGAGCGUUCUUCGGCUUCGCCGGGGAGGUCAGUCCGCUCAUCUACUGGAUGAAGGGAGAGAAGUUCAUCGAAGACCUGGACGUGGAGAGGUUCAGAGAGAGUGACAUCAAACUUAUCCGGGAGCACCUGGGAGAGCAGGAGGUGUCGAUCACCCUGACCAUUGACUCGGUGGAAGAGGCUGAUCUGGGGAACUACUCCUGCUUUGUGGAGAAUGGCAACGGCAGACGUCAGGCCAACAUCCAGCUCACAAAGAGAGCAGAGCUUAUGUACACCGUGGAGCUGGCGGGAGGCUUGGGGGCCAUCUUGUUGUUGUUGAUCUGCCUCGUGACCCUCUACAAGUGCUACAAGAUGGAGCUCAUGCUCUUCUACAGGAACCAUUUUGGCAGCGAGGACAUCGACGGAGAUAAUAAGGACUAUGAUGCCUAUCUGUCAUACACCAAAGUGGACCCGGACCAGUGGAGUCAGGAGACGCGUGAGGAGGAACGCUUCGCCCUGGAGAUCCUACCCGACGUCCUGGAGAGGCAUUAUGGGUAUAAACUGUUCAUUCCAGACAGGGACUUGAUCCCAACCGGAAGUUUCACCAAUGAUCAUUUCCAGGACGAUUCAAGACUCCUUAGAGCCUAUAUCGAGGACGUGGCGCGCUGUGUGGACCAAUCCAAGCGCCUCAUCAUCGUCAUGACACCCAAUUAUGUGGUGCGGCGGGGUUGGAGCAUCUUCGAGCUGGAGACCCGCCUCCGGAACAUGCUGGUCACCGGGGAGAUCAAGGUGAUUCUGAUUGAGUGUGCCGAGCUGCAUGGCAUCAUGAACUACCAGGAAGUGGAAGCGCUCAAACACACCAUCAAGAUGCUGACCGUCAUCAAGUGGCGUGGCCCCAAGAGCAACAAGCUGAGCUCCAACUUCUGGAAACAUUUGCAGUACGAGAUGCCCUUCAAGCACAUGGAGCCCAUCAUCAGCAAUGAGCAGGUGCUGGACGUCAGCGAGCAGGGCCCUUUCGGCGAGCUCCAGACCGUCUCCGCCAUCUCCAUGGCAGCCGCCACCUCCACCGCCAUGGCCACGGCGCACCCGGACUUGCGGAGCACCUUCCACAACUCCACUGUCAACUACCACACCCAGAUGAGGCAGCAGAAACAUUACUACCGCAGCUACGAGUACGACAUGGCCCCCGGCGGCAGCCUGCCUCCCCUCUCCACCCUGGGUAACCAGCACACCUACUGCAACAUCCCUAUGACUCUGAUCAAUGGACAGAGGCCCCACGGCCAGGCCAGGACACCCAGGGAACAGAGCAUCGAGGAGGCACACGCCAAUAACGCCAUGCUACCGCUGCUGCCACGCGAGACCAGUAUAUCCAGUGUCAUCUGGUGACAGCACCAGGCUGGCAUAGGGACAGAUGGGAUAUAUUGUAUGUAGAGGGAGAACUAGCUGGCAGAGUGUGUGGUGGUGGUGGCGGUGGAGGGGGUGUUGCUACGGAGACCGUUAGUGGACUAGAGACGGCUGCUGUGGAAUUUGCACCAGGAUUCACAGGGGGAAAUCACCAACACAGGGCAAGUCAUUCCGUCAGACUCAGACCACAUUUGUUUGACAAGGACUAAGGAGGAUUUGGCGUGAAAAGGAGAACCCGUUUGGUUUGAAAUGCCUGUACACACAGACACCAACGCUGAUGUUCAUUUACCCAGAAACUCAAGGAAUACAGGGUCUUGUACAUAUAUUUUAUAUUUCUUUAUAGCGUCAGUAUUUUUCUGUUGUUUUUCUUUGACCUUUCAUUCACCAGUUUUUAUCAUCACAUUUCUACGUCUGUUUUGAUUUAUGGUUUGAAUUUGUUUGUAUUUGGGUAUGAAAGUGAAACGAUGGUCUGUGAGGUCUGUUGGCUGAACUGUUGUUUGAUCUGGACUUGUAGUGGUACUGGUGGUUUGAACUCUUUGUUUUUGAACAGUUAACGGCAUUGUAGCGGGAAAGUUUUGAUGUUUCAUUCGAAAGAAAAUGUCAUUUUUUGUUGUCCUGGUUACAUAGAUGGAAUCUUCUUUUAUUUGGGACUCUUAUUAAACAAAACUAGAUUAUGCAACAGAUGAAGAGGCCUGGGAGUAUGCAAAAUAUGAAUAGAUGAACCGACACAUCAGGACACUAUAGAGACUGGUGCUAGACUUGGUGUGCAAGUGUUGCAGCUCUCACAAACAUAGUGACAUGCUCUUUUGAAAAGACAACCUUUCUGUUCAGCUUAACAGAGACAUAUAUCACCCUAAAAACAACUAUGUGUAUUAUUUUACGAGAAAGUAUAUUUUUGUAACAAAAAUAUUUGCUUGGAAGUACAUACUUAUUCACAUUUCAUCCCACUAAUGACAGAAAUAGAGUAACAUGCAUUCUGUUUUCUACAUUAUUUUGCUAUGCAGUUCCCAAAUUGCAUAGCAGACAAAGUGGAUGUUUGAGUCCUUCACUAAAUGUCUUAUCUUAGUGGAAAGAUGAAAAAAUAUAAAAUAAUUUGAGAUGUUUUCAUCAAGUCCUAAUAUCAUUGUUGGGUGGGGGGGGGGGUGUAUAUUUGUGUUUCGAAGACUUUUCCACAACAGAGGAGUGUGCAUAGUAACUAGAUGUUUCCAUCCUAUGAUAUAUGUCAAUGUAUUUAAAAAGAAGAAACACUGUUCACACUCGAGAACGUUCAUCAAAGCGGAUUCAUGAGAAGUACCUUCAUUACCCCACCGCACAUGAAUACCAGAUAACCUCGACGUAGUGCCUCCCUGAUUUCUAUGGAGAAGGACAGCAGCCAUUUUGAAAAGACGACACACUGAAUACAGUUGACUUCCAAGAUAUGUUCAGAGUGUUGUUGUCAAUAUGUUCCUAGAAGAAGAAAUGUUUAGCAUACCAUGUGACAGUCUGUCAAACGGACCAAAAUACAGGAGCAAAUCAUGGAGUUCCACCCAAGAGAAAUGUAUCUCCACACAUAGUGACAAAUAAAUGCACAUCCAUUUUGAUUCCUCUGAAAUUCAACUUAAACCCCUUCAAAUAUCCAAUGGUCCGUAGUGGUACGGGAAAAGGCAAGAUUAUCCUCAUUAUUCUUCAAGCAAGUGAGACCAAAGCUAAAAUUGUGCUUGUGAAGAAAAAAGAUCUGAAAUCCACACCACAUGAUCCACAUUAGGGCUUGUUUUAGGGCUUGUUUUAGGGCUUGUUUUAGGGCUUUACCAAGUUUUUUGGUUAGUUUCAGAUUGGCCAACAUAUGAUGUCAUGAAGUCCAAUUAAGCAACAAUAAGAGCUACUCAAAGACCCCAACGUUGUUUUUUACCAGGACUUGAUAAAGCCUGGUUGGGAGGAGCUUUAGUGGAGAGUUUAGGCCUGUGUUGGGUCGGUCCUGACACAACGCAUGUCCCUAUAAUGUUGCCGUGGUUACACUGAUGUAAACCGUCUCCAAGGGAACCUCAGAAAGAAAGAAAGUGAGAGACAAUCCACAAUCCUCAUACAAUCCACAAUCAUUUCAUACAUAGUUCUUGUGAGGCUAGCCCUAUGAAGUAAGAUACGACCAUAUACGGGAUCCGACACGGGUUCCACACACUGUAAUAUCUGAUAUCGUAACAUUGUCUUAUUGAUACUUCAUAGUGCUAGCAGUGAGGUAGUGUAUUCAGUCCCUUGUAGUGCCCCACAUUAUGCACAGUAUUAACCUAUACACAAUGAGUCUGUAAGAGAUGUCUAUGUCCCCGUCGGUCUGCAGAAAUGAUUGCUUUUUCAAUUUCCCUUUGGUUUAACUUUUCAAAGUGUUGGUCUUUUUCUUCAAUGUACUGUACUCUGUUGGCUGCUUGGUAUAUCACUGAGAACAACGUCAAUUUCCAACUGUCAUACCUGCCUGACCCAACAGAAAACACAGUAGAUACAUUCAAGACAGAGCUCCUUUAAGGUGUGGAUUUCAUGUAUUCUAUGCCAUUGUGUAUAUAAAUCAAAAUGAUAAUAAGAUGAAGACAAUCUAGCCACAUUCAUAGAAAAUAAGUUUGCAUUUUCAGAGUGAGUGGCAAACUUGUUUUAUGAACCUUUCUGGUAAUCAUAAUAUUGAUAUUAAUGAUGAUCAUAAUUAAUAAUAUAUAGCACAGAAUUAUUCCAGGCACUUUCACCAUUUUGAGACAAGAUUACGGUUCUGUUGUCUCUCCUGUUUCUGAUUCAUUUCGUUUUUUAUUAUGUACCUGCAAUGUUAAUUAAAGAGAUACUAUUAUUAUUAAUAAUAAUAAAAACCCAUUUAAUAA